AUGGUGCAUUUAGCUAUACUUUUAUUUUACAUAGGAAUUCAUGCCUCUGAUCCGGACGAGAAACUGAAGGAGGCAAUAAAGACAACUAUAAAAGAAGAGGUCACAAAAGAAAUGUAUGAUAUUGUAGACAAAGCCACAAAUGAUAUGAGGGAAGAUUUAGAAAGAAGAAUCGAUUAUCUUAUCUCCGGGAAGGAGGGGGAGGAAGAUGUGAUGGUAAAUGUGUCAAUGCAAGACACAGAAGAAGGGAAAGAAGAGAUGUCCGCUACCUUUAUUUUAAAGAAAGUUGGGGAAAGUCUGGGUAUUUUGGUUAUACUUCUUCUGAUUAUAUAUCUAGUUACAAAGAUUUUUGAGUACUACCGAAAGCUAAAGGACUGCUCUGAGGGAGGUUUUGAAGACUAUGAUAACUUAUAA